CUCCCCAGACCCCGCAGAACCCCACUUUCAUCUCCCUGGGAGCCGGGGCCAGGCUGCCCACAGGCUGCCCGCCACGGAGGGUGCGAGCAGGACCGACGCCUCCCGCGGAACCCAGCGCCCGGCUCUGCUCCCGCGGGGCCGCCCCUGCCCUCCCCCAACCCCGCCGGGGGAGUGGAAGCCGGAUCCGCUCUUUCGUUUUCGUUUCCUGGAAGGACAGCGAUUACCGAGCGCCCGGCGCCUGCUCCCCGGACCGAGCGCAUACUCCCCGCGUCUGGAAGGAGAUUUCCUCCCACGAGGCAUUCCGUUCUCCAGCCGAGUUUGGGGUCGGGGAAGGGAGCGUCUGGCAGCGCGGCCGGCCGAACCGCCCUGGGGAAGCACAGCCCGGCGCCCCCGCCUCCACCUGUGAUGCAGGAGGGAGCGCUGGCCGGCUCUCCCGUGAGCCCCGCAGCAGCCACGCCACCUCCAGGCGCCCGGGCCCAGGCCAGAUGUGACGCCCACGUGGACCUGCAGGGCCGGCGGGGCAUCUGCAAGCUGCCAGGAAGACUCCGGAUCCAGCCGGCGCUCUGGAGCCGCGAGGACGUGCUGCACUGGCUGCGCUGGGCCGAGUGCGAGUACUCCCUGCAGCGCACCCGGGAGCGCGGCUUCGAGAUGAACGGCCGUGCGCUCUGUAUCCUCACCAAGGACGACUUCCGGCUCCGCGCGCCCGGCUCAGGUGACGUCCUGUACGAGCUGCUCCAGUACAUCAAGACCCAGCGGCAGGCCCUGGUGUGCGGCCCUUUCUUCGGCAGGGCCUCCAGGCAGAAGAUGCCCCGUGGGCACUGCCCCUGCCCCCAGCAAGAGGGGACCAGGCCCUCUCAGGUGGCCCAGGGAGGCCUCCUGCAGCAGCCACCCGACCUGGAGCUUACCAACUCCUGGAGCCGCCUGGAUGCCCCUGGCCUGGCCAGGUGGCCCCCCGGCAGGGAGGAGGCCCUCAGCUUCCCUCUCCGUGGGGAGCUCAGCUGUAGGGCAGAGGGAGUCUGCUCCUUCCCCACGAGGCCGCAGGCCCCCGUCGACGGCAGGAUUGAUGGCAGGAUCGCAGACUGCCGGCUGCUGUGGGACUACGUGUACCAGCUGCUCUCCGACACCAGGUACCAGUCCGUCAUCAGGUGGGAAGACGAGAGCGCCAGGACCUUCCGAGUCGUGGAUCCCAACGGGCUCGCCAGACUCUGGGGAAACCACAAGAACCGCGUGAACAUGACCUACGAGAAGAUGUCGCGCGCCCUGCGCCACUACUAUAAGCUGAACAUCAUCAGGAAGGAGCCGGGGCAGAAGCUCCUGUUCAGGUUCCUGAAGCUGCCCGGGAAGACGGCCCCGGAGCAGGGCAGCCGCCCGCAGCAGCGGCAGCGCCGGGCGCAGGGCCAGGCCGGCUUCAAGGCGGACGUGCUGGCGGUCUCUCCGUGAGGGCACGACCCAGGCCCUGGGCAGAUGGGACAGAGAGGAGUCUCUCGUGAGGGCGGCGAGCUGCACGCCUCCGCCCUCCUCCCCGGGCAGCAGGGACGCCCGGCUGGUGCACUUCGGGACCUGCUGUCGGGGACCUCAGAGCCGCCUGAGGACCUGAGCUGUGAGGACUGGGAGGCUCGCCCAGGACAUCGUGGGCCAGGCGGGGCCACCGGCAUGAGCUCUCCCGGCCUUGCCCCUGGCUACCUGCCCAGCGAGGGAGGGUACCGGCGCUGAGGGCAUCCAGCCCCACGCCUCCAGGUCACAGAGGGAGCGGCCCCAGCCUCAGCUCGCCCAUCAAGGGCGUGUGCUCCCCGCAGGGCUCCUCUAUGAACCGACAAAAGGAUGGCUGCUCGGUCAACCUUUGGGAUAAUGACAACGAUGGUACCUGGCAUUUAAGUGCUCCCUGUGCAGGCCUUGCGCUCAGGGUCCUGCCUACAUGUCAUCUCGUUCAGUUCCCACGCCACCGUGAGGUUUAGAGGUCUGGGCACAGGCAGACCUGCAGAGCGGGGUGUCCCCCGAGCCCAGUGCUGCUGCUUCCCGUCAGUGACUGCGAGGGUCUCGGGCCUGAGGCUUGGCCCUGCCUCUCUGCCUGCGUCUCCGCGACAAUCUCUGUCCGCAGUGUUGAGUCUUUGGUGACGGCGACUGUGGCCCAGUGGAAACGGCCUCCCGUCCGCGCCUGGGCCCCUGUGCGCCUGCCGUACCUGCCAGGUGGCUUUGGGCAAGUUGUUCCACCUCGGGGACCGCAGGUUUCUCAUCUGCAAGGUGGGGGCGCUGCCCUGGCUGGCCCUCGGGGUAGUGGAAGCUCCGUAAGACCAUACCUGUGAGUGCCCGCAGGUGCCUGCUCCGCAGCGCUUACUCCGGUCACCGUCACUGUCACCGUCAGCCCUGCCAGCCGAGAGCUGCUCUCAGCACAGGCCUCUGAGCUGCUGGGCCAGCCUCCCUCUGCAGCCCCCAGUCCCGCUGGGCUCCUGGAGGUCCGAGCCUCCCCCUGCACCGGAAAGCGAAGGGAGCGUUUUCACUUCAUGAGAAACAGAACGUGGAUCUGCACCUUCUUUCUGGGGAGGAGGAAACCACCGAGCCUCUUGCCUCCAGCAGGUCAGAAAGCCCGUCUGCGGAACCCGAGUCACCGCAGGUGGAAGUCCUCAGGACUUUGGGCCUCAAAGCUGGGACGCUCACGAGCAGGGAAACACCCGCUGAGUCCGUCAGGGGCUCUGACAGUUCCACCCCCCAAAGGGCCAGGCAGGGCGUCCUGGCCCUCCCGUCUGCCCUGGGACUGUGCUGUCUCCUGACUCCGGCCGGGGAUGCACCUCACGUCCCCUCCCCCCCCCCCUUCCCGUAGCCUUUCUCAUCAUCCCCAACCAGAACUGCAUACCUGGGGCGGGAGGGAUUCCCCCAGCCGCUCCCUUUAUAGAUCACACAGCUGAGGCCAGAGACGGGGUGACUUGCCAGCUCCGCCUGCUGCCCCUCAUGUUGCCUCAUUUCUUCUGGCCUCACAUCUUUUUCAUGGACCCAAGAUGCCGAGGUUUAGACAAGGAGUUAGGGUGCUGGCAUUGGCCUGCUGGUGUGUCAAUGGUUGAAAACACCUGCGUAUCCUAGGGGCUGUGUCUCCGCCCAGGGCGAUGACUCUCACCCACACUGGGACUCUCGGGGCCAGGAGUGGGCCCUGGGCUUGGGCAGCGCUCACCACCCCAGACCCCGGAUCCCUGGGCUCUCCGCUCGGCCCUGCGCUCAGCGCCACCCUCUCCCCAUCUCCCCCGGCACGUAGGCUGUGCUCAGGGAGGAACACCUGGGUGCAGGAGCAAAGGGGUUCUCCAGCCCUUCCUUCCAGGGGCAUGAAUUGAGCACCUGCUGUGUACCUGGCAUCAGGUGAGGCUCUGGGUCUACCUCCACUUUUUACAAGUUAGAUUCCUGGAAGGCCGUGGGUCACUGAAAACAACACAUGUCAAAGGGGACUUCCUCACACGUAAUCUUAACAAGCAGGAAGUGCAUCCUCAUGGUGUAAUAAAGCAGACAGCCCUCCUUUUUAGGGGCCAGGUUACAUGAAUGCCAGCAGUAAAUAAAGAGUUUAUGAAAAAAGUGGUAUAGUAAGAAGUUAGUGAAAUAAAUUAUACAAGUCACUGUCUCCAUCCAGUGAAACCAUUUACAGCAGGGGUCCUCAAACUUUUUAAACAGGGGCCAGUUCACUGUCCCUCAGACCGUUGGAGGGCCGGACUACAGUUUAAAAAAAAACUAUGAACAAAUUCCUAUGCACACAGCAGCGGCAAAAACACCCGGCGGGCCGCAUGUGGCCCGCGGGCCGUAGUUUGAGGACCCCUGA